AUGGACAUGGACCAGCCCCCGGAGUAUGCUAGCAGGCUUCCCUCGACGUCUACAUUCUCGUUUACUGCACCGUUUCCCCCACCGUCAGAGGCGUCCUCGUCUAAUGUGGCUUCCGCCCUCAAGCAACGACGAGUCUCGCUAGCCACUAAUUCCUCACCACGAAUAGUUCCUGCGUGGAGCUUUCGCGACGACACCGGCGUCGGUGUGCACUCAAUAGACUCAUCAGGCCUCGCUCCGGAGAAGAAGGGCAAGAUGCGGAGGAUCGAGAGCAGCAUUGACCGGACGGACGAGGAGGGAGCACUCCAACCCUCGACGGAGAAGAAGCCGCGGAAGAAGUGGACGAUGGAGGAGACGCAGAUGCUAGUGAACGGCUGCAACAAGGCAAGGCAGCGCGCAUGCAUGCAGUUCCGCACAUACUUCCCUGACGCAUACAAGCAGCACUAUCCGAAUGCCAAGACCCAUCUGUCCUCCAAGAUCCGCUCCGCGCUACCAGACGGCUCGUCCAUCUUCGAGAAGACGCGCAGCAAGAAGCGGCGGCCGUUUACAGAGGAGGAGGAUCGGGCACUCAAGGCGGGUUACGACAAGCACGGGACUGUCUGGGCGACGAUUGUGAAAGACCCAAUCUUCCAGGAGCAGAACCGGCGCUCGACAGAUCUGCGUGACCGGUUCCGAAAUGCAUUCCCGGACUUGUACCAGGCCGCGGGCUAUAAGCCGCGCGCAUCGACAAAGAAGAAGCGGGGCGAGGCUCCACAGCCUGUGCGCGCGGCUACGGAUGACCAGCUCGCGCCUGUGAGCAGCAGCGGGCAGGCGCAGCGGAAGCGCAGACAUACCACGCAGGGGCUGUUCCGCGGUGGCACGAAGAGCGUACCCGAGAGCGCAACGAAUUCCGAGGACGAGGAUAGUUCAGAUGGCGAGGACGACACGCCCGCAUCGACCUCGAAGGAUGGCGUGCAGUCUGUGCCCCGCGAUGAAAUGACUCCAGCGUCGGACUACCCCGCGGAAAUGGAUAUGCAGACCGUCGACCCGCUGGCGAUCCCCGAUUUCAUCCCGGGUUCUUCGUUCUCGGAGAUGACCGAUUCGUCACAGUCGCAGAACUGGUCGACCGUGCUUGAGACACCUCUCAACGCUGGCGCAUGGUCAUCGGCAGCGAAUGCCGCGUCCCCCACAUCGUCUCAUCUUUCCUCCGACUACUUCCUCAAUAACUCACCUUUCCAUCGGCAAGGCUCUGGUACGAUGAUUGGCAAGUCUGCGUGGGGCCCUCAGGACUGGCUCUCUGCGAACCCACGUCUCGAUCCCUCUGGUGCGACUAGCAGCAAUUCUUCCUACGUUGGUGGCGUCUCGCCGGCACCCUCCUCGCCAUUCUCCUUUGCUCACCUCAACCACGGUGUUCUCGAUCGAUACGACCUCUUCCCGCCAUCACUUGCGCACGACUUCGCGUCUGAAGCUGGCGUUGGCGAUACACAUUCGACGUUCUCGGAUCCAGAUAUAUUCUCGUCCAGUAGCUUCCGCGGGUUUACCCACCACUCGAACUAUGCUGGUGAUCUCAUCUUCGGUGCACGCUCGCACCAGCCGCAGCAUCAACCAUUCGAUUACGGGCCUGGGUUCGGCUUUGGCAACGCUGGUCUUGGAUUGUCCGGCGUGCAGCCGAUGCAACUACACACGCCCGCAUUGCCUGGAAUUGAUGAGAUCGAGCUGACAUCGAUUACACUUGAAGACCAGGGCGAUAUACGGCACCCGCUCGAAGAGGCGGCUGACACAGCUGUGCUCAAGGAUGACGGGGGCGCGGGCAUGACUCUGUCCGAGCUCGGUGCCUUUGGCGUAUCGCCACAAACGCUCGAGGACAUAGUCGGAUUCAGCUCGGAACUCCAUGCCACGCCACCGGGCACGCCGCAGUCGACCUCGCGCUCGAUGCGUGCGCAUUCUGCCAUGCACGUUGGCUCGUCUCAUAACCGUUCGAUCAGUGUUCCGCCUUCGGAGCAUCGUGUGGCAGUUACGCGCGCAGCGCAGACGCAGGUGAUGAAGACGCGGCCCCUACAGCCUCCACCACGAUCCAUGUCUCUCAUGGAGAUGCUCCCCGUGCAGCCGGCGGACACAAUGGCUUCGCAGCCGCAGACAUUCCAGUCUUUGCAGGCGUACGCGACGGAGGGCUGGCGGCAGCAAGCGGACAUGUACGACUUGCCAUUCCUCGAUCUUCACUACUACACGUCGACCAACAAUCCGCCUGCCACGAUGCCUGUGGAUCCGAAUUCAGUGUUUGCGAAGCCCGAUGCGGACAUCCUGCGACAGGGCCAAGCACUUGAUCUUGCGGAGACGUAUCCGAACGCAUCGAGAACGUUCGGAUUGCCGCCGUCCCUGACUCAGCAUAUCCCAAUGAUGUCUCAAAGCGCGAGCAGUACACCGCCUGCGACGACAAGAAUGCUACCGUCGCAUCAUCGUGGGCAGAGCGCGGUGUCACCGCAGGACCUGCUGCUCCGCAAGAGCAGCGACAAUAAGAGGAAACGCUCGAGCUGGGAUGGAGGCGUUCAUUAGAUGGAUGAUGUCAGAGGAUUUCGGCGGAUCUCUGAGACUGUGGCCGCUUGUUUGGAAUUUGAUUGGUAUAUUUUUGGAUUAUUGUUUGCUCGUCUCAUGCAUUCUGUCAUAUCUCAUUUAUCGCCUUCCAUGCACUUAUGCAGACGCAUUAUUCACGGAUCUCAAUGGUACAACCGA